AUGGCGAACUCGAAAGAGAACACUCCCACCGGGAGCCCGUCUCCCUCAGAAGAAAACUUAAGCGACAGUCUACCAGGCACGAUAGACAAGUCGCUACCCGCUGAAGGUAGGGACAAGCCUGUCCCUACAAGAAACCCAUCUUUCUCGCCACAGAGAUCCGUCUCGCCGCGAAGAUCGACUUCGCCGCAACGAUCUCCUCCGCCAAGAAAGGACGAGAGCCCCCUCCGUCCGCACCACGCCGCUCGAGAAAAUCUUCCUCGAGCGACAAACCCCGCAGCUCGAAGAAAUCCUCCUCGAGCGAGAAGAUCCUCAAACUCAUGGAGAAUCUCGUCAAGCCACUCGCCGACGGUUUCGAGCGACUUACCACCAAGAGCUGAACGGGUGAAUCGCCGCCUCGACGAGGUCGAUUCGAAAGUUCAUCGCGCCACCAGCUCAGCUCCGGAAUUGACGAAAGCACUCGCCGACACCCGAAGAAGCCCGCUCACCCGCAGGCUCCGCCAGAUUGAGCUACACGAAAGAGUUCGACUCAAAAUCGACUCUUACACCGGCGAAGAAGACCCCAAGAAGUGGCUAACCGCGUUCAACCUCGCCAUGAGGAGGGAGAAAUACAAAUCUUACGAUGAAAGGGAGGCCAACUACUGUCAAGUAUUCGUCGAGCACAUGGCGAAAGAUGCCUUGACCUGGUUCUCUAACCUCCCCGCCGAGUCGAUCGAUAACUUCGACGACCUAACCAAUGCUUUUCUGAAGCAUUACUCCAUGCACAUGACCCGAAUCACUCGGAACAUGUUCACCACAACGCAAACCCAAGGCGAACCAUUGCGCAGCUUUAUGGAAAGGUUCAAACAAGCAGCUCGCGACACUGGCGACAUGCCGAUAGCGUCCCGCUAG